UGGCCACGUUAAUGCAGUUGCCAAUGCCAAAGCAGAAUCCGGAGUACGCAUUGGUGGAGACCAACCCCCCAUUGGCGGCCAGAUUGCGCUACGGCUACAGAGGAAAAGACAAGAUCACCAGCACCUACGACAUGGUGGAGCAGAUGUAUUUUCUCUAUGUAAACGUGGUUAAAGCCAGAGAUCUCCCUGUCAUGGAUGUGUCGGGGAGUCUAGACCCUUAUGUGGAAGUGAAGGUGGGGAACUACAAAGGGGUCACAAAGCACUUGGAGAAGAACCAGAACCCAGUCUGGAAACAGAUUUUUGCCUUCCCAAAAGAGAGAUUGCAAUCCAGCCAACUGGAAGUGACUGUGAAGGACAAGGAUUUCGGGAAGGAUGAUUUUGUGGGGAGGGCUUUCUUUGACAUCCCUGAGGUUCCAUUGAGAGUCCCUCCAGACAGUCCAUUGGCUCCUCAAUGGUACAAAUUGGUGGACAAGAAAGGGGACAAAACCAAAGGGGAAGUGAUGCUUGCUGUUUGGAUGGGGACUCAGGCUGAUGAGUGUUUCCCUGAGGCUUGGCAUUCUGAUGCUCACAGCAUCAGCCAUGGCAACCUUGCAAACACAAGAUCAAAGGUCUAUUUCUCUCCUAAACUCUAUUAUCUAAGAGCCCAAGUGAUCGAAGCUCAAGACCUGGUCCCUUCAGACAAAUCCAAACCUCCAGACACAUUCGUCAGAGUUCUGUUUGCCAAUCAGGGGAAAGUAACCAAACCUUCACAGAUGCGUGUGAUCAACCCGGUUUGGAACGAGGAGCUGAUGUUCGUAGCACCCGAGCCUUUUGAAGAUUUCAUCGUCAUCUCUGUUGAGGACAGAGGAACAGGGGAGAUUCUAGGGAGAGUGAUCAUCCCAUCGAGAGAAGUCCCGCAGCGAAUCGAGUCCACAAAACUCCCAGACGCCCGCUGGUUCAAUCUCCACCGCCCCUUCAUCGCUCAGCUAGAAGAAACGGAGAAGAAGAAGGAGAAAUUCUCCAGCAAGAUCCAUGUCCGUCUCUGGAUCGACUCAGGGUACCAUGUUCUUGAUGAAUCCGCCCACUUCAGCAGCGAUCUCCAACCAUCCUCCAAAGUUCUCAGAAAAGACAGCAUCGGAGUUCUCGAACUUGGGAUUCUGAGUGCUCGGAAUUUGGUUCCGAUGAAGAUCAAAGAGGGAAGAACCACAGACGCUUACUGCGUGGCCAAAUACGGCAAUAAAUGGGUUCGAACAAGAACACUUUUAGAUACACUGGCUCCUCGAUGGAACGAACAGUAUACUUGGCAAGUCUACGAUCCUUGCACUGUAAUUACAAUUGGGGUUUUCGACAAUGCUCAUACAAAUGGAAGCAAAGAAGACGCAAAAGACCAAAGAAUCGGAAAAGUGAGGAUUCGAUUAUCGACAUUAGAGACAGACAAAGUAUAUACCCAUUACUAUCCCUUAUUGGUUCUUCAGCCCUCUGGUCUGAAAAAGUACGGGGAGCUCCAAUUGGCUCUGCGAUUCACCUGCACGGCCUGGGCCAAUAUGCUGACACAGUACGGGAAGCCGCUGCUGCCCAAAAUGCACUAUCUCCAGCCGAUUCCUGUACGGCACAUCGAUUUGCUCCGAUUCCACGCGAUGAACAUUGUGGCGGCGAGGCUUGCCAGGGCGGAGCCCCCGCUCCGGCGCGAGGCGGUGGAGUACAUGCUCGAUGUGGACAUCCAUAUGUUCAGUCUCAGAAGAAGCAAGGCGAAUUUCAACCGAAUAAUGUCACUUCUCUCGGGAAUCACCGCGAUUUUCCGAUGGUUCAACGAUGUGUGCGUUUGGAAAAACCCUAUAACGACCUGCCUCGUCCACGUCCUGUUCUUGAUUCUCGUCUGCUACCCGGAAUUGAUCCUCCCGACGAUCUUCCUCUACCUAUUCGUGAUCGGAAUCUGGAAUUACCGGUUCCGGCCGAGGGACCCGCCGCACAUGGACACGAGAUUGUCGCAGGCGGAGCACGCGCACCCGGACGAGCUGGACGAGGAGUUCGACAACUUUCCGACGACGAAGCACAUCGACACGGUGAGGAUGAGGUACGACCGGCUGAGGAGCGUGGCCGGAAAAGUGCAGACGGUGGUCGGAGAUCUGGCGACGCAGGGGGAGAGGGCUCAGGCGAUUCUGGGGUGGAGGGAUCCGAGGGCGACGGCGCUGUUCAUAAUCUUCUCGUUGAUUUGGGCGGUGUUCAUCUACGUGACGCCGUUCCAGGUGGUGGCGAUUCUGAUCGGACUGUAUAUGCUCCGGCACCCGCGGCUGAGGAGGAAGCUGCCGUCGGUUCCCGUGAAUUUCUUCAAGCGGCUGCCAUCAAAAGCAGAUAUGAUGUUGCUAUGACUUAUGAGAGAGAGAAGCUCAGUUAACAGAAUUCUGAGUUUUGUUUAUUUUCUAUUUGUUUAAUUUUUAUGAACCAAAUAUGUUCCAAUAAGUUUGAAAGACCACCAAAAUCAUAUACAUACCGAAACAUAUAAUAUUAUGUCCAUACCUACACAUGCUCUAA